AGCAAAAAGCUUCCGGUAUUGAGUGACCCCCGCAUUUAAAGGACUCCGGAAGCAAUAGUUCUGUCAGCGAUAACCUUUCUUUCACUUUGUGUGAAGCCAGCCAGUGAGAAGACAGCAAACCUGCAAUGUCUGCUCCAUCGGCAGGACAGAGGCGUGCAUGCUGGGGAGCAAGAGAUGAAUUUUGGCACUGUCUGGAUGAAAACCAAGAGAAUGCAGGUAGCUGCCAGCAACUAAGGAAGCAGUUUGAGAGCAACUGUCCAACACAGUGGGUAAAAUACUUUGAUAGAAGAAGAGACUAUAUAAAAUACAAAGAGAAGAUGGAGGCUGAAGGAUUUGAAUCUUUGAGAGAGCCACAGAAAUCAUAAUGAAAGCAACCAUCACUGAAGAUAAAAAUGACUUUGUUAAUAAUUUGCAGUUGGAUAGUUCCUGCCCCAAAGACGCUGCUUCAUCUAUUGUGACAUCCAGUUUUAUCUGUGAUGUAUCAUGGGUGAGACAGUAAAGACGAGAACUGGAAACAGUUCACUGUAGGAUGCAAUUUCAAAGACAUUUGUUUUUUGGUGUUAACAUAUUUAGGCAUUUUUUGGCUUACAUUAAAUGUAUGGUAAUUCAAUGAUUAAAGGAUUUUCUAAGCGAAAAACCUUAGAAAUAUGUACAGUUUUUAUUUGAAUUAAUUGUCUAAUUUGAAAGCUUUUUAGUAUUUAAGUGUUAUGAUUCAUAAUACAAAAUAAACCAUAAUGUAGAAUUUGA